AUGUAACCAUGCCCCGCUGUGUUCAAGCAGCCACUAACGCGCUAGCUGCGCAGGCCGGGGACGUGAGCUAGACACGUUGCUGCUGCCUCCUGCCACGAGCCAUGGCGUACUCGUUUCGACCAGCCUCGUCUACCGCGUCUUCCUUUCUUGCACUGCUUCUCGCUCUGCCUCUCGUAGCAUCACUGGCAUCCGCCGCUGGCGCUGCCGCGGUGGCGCCCGCGGCUGUGUACGGGACCAAGUCCAUGGACCCCGGCCUCGCCGUCAUGCCGCUGCCGAGCCCGGUGUCCGGUCCGGAGAGCCUCGCCUUCGACCGCCGCGGCGGCGGGCCCUACGCCGGCGUCUCCGACGGCCGCGUCCUCAGGUGGCGCGGCCGCCGCCUCGGCUGGACCGUCUUCGCCUACAACUCCAAACACAAGAGCGUGGGGAUAUGCGCGGCGAAGAAGCUGAUGGUGCCGGAGAGCGUGUGCGGGAGGCCGCUGGGGCUGCAGUUCUACCACAAGACCGGCGAGCUGUACGUGGCCGACGCUUACCUGGGGCUGAUGAGGGUGCCGGCGCGCGGCGGGAUGGCGGAGGUGGUGGCCACGGAGGCCGGCGGCGUGCCCUUCAACUUCCUCAACGGGCUGGACGUCGACCAGAACACCGGUGACGUCUACUUCACGGACAGCAGCGCCACGUACCGAAGGAGCGAGUAUCUGCUGGUGGUGGCGCUGGGCGACGAGACGGGGCGGCUGCUGCGGUACGACCCGCGGGCGCGGCGGGUCAGCGUGCUCCACUCGGACCUGUCGUACCCGAACGGCGUGGCCGUGAGCCCCGACGGGACGCACGUGGUGGUGGCGCACACGGCCAUGUCUGAGCUGCGCCGGUACUGGGUGCGCGGGCCCAGGGCCGGCAAGUCGGAGACGUUUGCCGAGCUGCCGGGCUACCCGGACAACCUGCGGGCCGUUGACGGGCCGCGGGGCGGGUACUGGGUGGCGUUGAGCCGCGAGGCCGACGGCGGCGGCCCGGCCCCCACUGUGGCCGUGCGGGUGGGCCGCGACGGGGCCGUGGAGGAGGCCCUGGACGGGUUCAGCUUCGUGACCGUCAGCGAGGUCAGCCACCGGAACGGCACGCUCUGGGUCGGCUCCGUCGACACGCCCUACGCCGGCGCGCUCCGUCUCGGUCGCCGUUGACCGAUCGGGUUGUUGCGUGGAUAGAAUUGAACGUGCACCGGUGCAGUGUGAGUUGGUGCAGACUGAGUCUCUGUCUGCAUUAGCUGUAUACAGUACGUUUAUACCGGUAUUUGUUCUUGCAUGCAGUCAUGCAGAUGGAUGUUGUGAAAUGCGUGGCCCACAUGUAGGUGCCUCUCUCUGUGUCUGUGGUUGGAGGUGGGUGAGUAGCAUGUGCAUUGUUUGAGUGCGCCUUGGUGGGUGUGCAAGCAGAUGUGAAUCAAUUUCAUUUGCCUCGUUCUCUGUU